AUGGUAUGGGACUACUAUAAUGGCAAGGUUCUCUUUGUGACAGGAGGAUCAGGGUUCAUUGGGACUGCACUUCUCUGGCGACUCUUAAGUCAAUCGUCACCUGAACGAGUAUAUGUGCUAUGUCGAGGUGGAUAUGCCAAAGCGGAAGAAAAAUGGUCAAGCAUGCUUCCACCUUCUACUGCAAAGAUCCUCACAGAUAGUCAACUGCUGACUGUUCUCGACGGUGAAUUGGGUAACACUGCCACAAUGGAUCUCCCAGAAGAAACGUUACAGAUGCUCAAAGGAACAGUGCACAUAGUCAUCCACGCAGCAUGUUCAGUCCAACUACAAAACUCUCUCCGAGAACUAUCAUACAGUGUCAUGGCACCGUCCCUGUGCCUGACAAAAUAUGCCUUAAAAUUCCCCAACCUUGAACGUUUUGUCUUUUUCUCAACCGCGUAUGCCAACGCCCAUUUAUGGCAGACAAGCAAGUCAUCCGACGUCCGUGUAGAUGAAAGGAUAUACCCCCUCAGCACUGAGAGCGAAGACUACUACCAAAGUGCACUGGAUUCAUGGCGCGCAGUACAAAGUACUGGCUCGUCAGAUGAAUACGACGCUCAUGAUUUCCCCUGGCCCUACGCUUACGCCAAACACCUGACCGAACGACUCGUUCUGCAACAAGUAUCAGAACGCAACAAGCUAGACAAAGUUCUCAUUAUCAGGCCGUCGGUCAUCGGCCCUGCCGACAAGCUUCCAUAUCCCGGGUAUGCAACCUCACAAGGUACACCCUCGACAGCCUGUGCUGCGGCAUACAUGCUACACCCAGGCCGGCAAAUCACACUGGCAUCUCGAUGCGAGAAGCCAGGUCAAGAAGCCACCAUCGAUGAAGUUCCAGUGGAUGUGGUGGUAGAUCGGGUGCUGGUCCAUGUAGCAAUGGGGACUAGUGGAUUGGUCCACGCUGUCAGUGGGGAGCAGAGUCGGUUAUCUGUUGAUGAAUGGUGGCAUGCGUUUAAGAAAGAGAGGCGAAUUCCUUGGAAUGCGAAGCUUGCUUGGACGGCUGGGGAUUGGCAUUCGCCUAACCUUCAUCAGAUGGCGAGGCGGUUCAAGAUUAUUGGGACCUCUUUUGCUUUCUCCGAACAGAAGACUGUUCAGGUGGCGGAGAAGUUGCAGGGUCAGAAGGGGAACUUGAUGUUAUUUGCGGAUCGGUCCUUGCCUUAUUCUUUGCACUUGAGGAGACAUCAUAUUCAUCAUAUGGCGAUUCAGCAUGCCAAGUCAAACAAGUGGCCUGCUUGCUAUGCCAAGGUGUUUUGUCGCAAGGGGAAGUCGUUGGCUCAGCUAGACAAGCAGGUCAAGGCAUGA